UUUACUUUUUUUUUUAUAGGUACAUGCAGUGGAGUCCUCUGAGGUUCCCGAUCAUUGUCGAAUUUAUGUGCUAAGUGAUCCAAGCAAUGUAGAAUUUCGGGGCUCCUGCGACCAUCUCCACAAUGAGUCGUGUGCAGUGUUAUGAGUUAGAGGAAGUCAUGCGUACCAUAGAAGAUGAGUGUUCAAUUGCGCUCUCGUCAGCAGAAGAUCAAGCUGACAUGCUGCAUACUAUCAAACAGGCAAGGGAUGAUAUCAUUAGCUGGAAAGCCCAUGAGCUACAUUCAGUCCACCAGGCUGAAGCAAAGCAUUCAGUUUUAGCCAAACUCGACAGCCCAUCGGUGCUGUUAGUCCAGGACUGGGCAAUAAAAUAUAUGCCCCGAAAAUAUCGAGAGGCACAGUCAGAUUGGUUUGCGAAGCGAGGAUUACCAUGGCACAUUAGCGUUGCCAUAAGACGGUCACAGGGUUCUGAGCACUUUGAAUCGCAGACACUUGUUCACGUAUUUCAAAGCUGCGCCCAAGAUGGUGUGACUGUGGCUUCGAUAAUGCUUGACUGCCUCACUACCCUGAAAAAGGAAAUUCCAGACCUGGAAAUGGCUUAUUACAAACAAGAUAACGCUGGCUGUUAUCACAGUGGAAAUUCAAUCAUCUCAGCUAAGCUGGCCGAUGAUGCCGUAGGAGUGGCUGUAUUAAGAAACGACUUCUCGGACCCUCAAGGUGGAAAGGGGAUAUGUGAUCGCAAAGCAGCAACAAUCAAAGGAGACAUUGGAAGGUACGUAAACGAAGGCUAUGAUGUCAUCAACGCUUUACAGCUCAAAACAGCCAUUGAGUCUGGCCAAGGAACCACAGGAGUGAAUGCAAGCUAUGUUGCUGCCAAGCUGUCAAGCACCUUUAAUAUCAACUGGGAUGGCAUAAGCUUACUCAACAAUUUUGAGUACGAUGAAACUGGCGUACGAGUGUGGAGAGCAUUCAAUGUGGGUUUCGGUAAAGAAGUGCCAUGGGCAAAGUUCGAAGGAGUCAUGGAGCAGCCCGAAAAAUUGGAAAUCCUAGAACCCCCAUCGCAGAAUGUAAGUAGCGCACCGCCGUUCAAGAUUGUGAGACAUCGACAUAUCAAGAAAAGCUCUGUCAGAGCAGAUUUCUCAACUGAAAACGAAAACCAAGAUCAAAGCAGUAUUGGUCAAAAUAAGCCAGAUGACAUGCUUUUCCCAUGUCCAGAGGAUGGAUGUGUAAAAGCAUACAGUCGCUUUGCAAACCUCCAGACACACCUAGAUACUGGAAAACACCAAAUGAUGCUCGAACAGGAAACUCUCUACGAUAGAGCUAAAAGAGAAUAUUCUUCCAAGCUGACAGAGGGAUGCAGUCGAAUUCCAAGCAUUCAAGUUACUGUCCAAGCAAAGAGUGAUGCCUUGCCGCCUCUUCCAAUGGGUUGGGCCCUAAAGAAACAGUCCGAAUUCUUAACUGACCAAUUUCAAAAAGGGGAGCAAAGUGGACGGAAAAGCGAUCCACAGGAAUUUUUGAAAGCAAUGAGCUUAGCAAGAGACCAAGCGGGGGAACGCCGAUUUCAACCUGAUGAAGUCUUUACGUUGCAGCAGAGUAGUGGCUUCUUUAGCCGUCUAUCAGCAAAGAAGCGAAUAGAAGUUACAGCCGCCGGUAACGAAGCAAAAGCUAGUGAAGUCUCAGAAGUGGCCAUGGAGAGUGCUGACAAGGACGAAAUUUCCACCGAAGCUGAGAGUCAUCUAUGUGCUGUGUGAUGAGAGAUGUGGCUAUUCAGCAUCCGAUUGUAUUUUUCAACCUUAACGUCUGCGAACUUGUACAAAGACGUACACUCACAACUUUAAGAGCGGAUAGGCUAAGAGACAUGUGCAUCGACCUUGGGCUGGAUAUUUCUGACAUUUAACCUCGGAUGAGGAAAAAGCCAUACAUCGCAAGACUCACACAAUUAGUCAGGAGUGUACCUGCCCUUCCAAGCAACUGAGCACUGUACGUUUCACGAAUAGCUGAUCGGCGGUGCGUGUAUAAUUUACAGGAGGUGUUGCGUGACAGCAGAGUCCUACAUAUCGCAUUUCAGUCACUCGAGCUCGCCACUGCUUGUGGAAUUCAUGUUCACUGGAUGGGAAGCAAACAUAAACUAACGGCUGUGUGGCAAAUUUAACCUGUUGUGUGCAAUUCAAAUGUUCAACCUGUUGUGUGCAGAAUUAUGCAGAAUUAUGGCACGAUUCAUUGGAUAGGAAAAGUCGAAAUUUGUUUCUCCUGUCUCAGUAUAUGAAAAUCAAGUGCAGUUAUAGACAUUUUAAUAUGUUUCUAGUCAUUUCAACAGCCAGUGAAGAUAUAACUGACCAAAACAGUUAUUUGUGUACAACGCGUUUAAUUUUGUUAUUAUGCAUCUCAUUAUGGUGUCAUACUAUUUAACCGAAAUACCGCCGGUGCUCAUCUUUUGAUAGUCAAAGGUCCCAAAGAAGUAAAAUCCAAAUCGUAAAGAACUAUCUUUCAAGGCUUCUUGGUAGUGUUAUUGUAAACUUUGAGGCACCACCACAUGUAUUUUUGCCAAGCUAUUCUAGGCCACCUUUGCCUUAAUUUCAAAAGGCCGAAGAUGUCGUCUCUUAACAGAGACAUAGCUCCUCCAGG